UUAAAGUAAAAAUUUGGUAUAUUUUCAUACAUGGUUUGCUGUUUAUUGUUGGCCAUCGACGCCGCUGCCUACGGUGAUUCCGGCAAGCGGCGGCGGCGCGCUGAUGGAUCUUGAAGCCAGCGAUGAUGAGGUUCAGAUGUGGUCCUCUCCGAUAAGAAUUCCUCAGGUAUUGAAGCUGCAUCCUGAAAACCUAUAUGCUAUCAAUGGUACUGGAGCUAUCUUGGCUGAAAAAUGUCACUUUAAUGUUUCAAAUGAUAUAUUUUCGGAGGUGCAAGAAGCUGCAUCAGGGAGCAUUUUUGUUCGGAUGUCAGAUGUGUGGGUAAAUUUGGGCAAUGUUUAUUUUGCUCAAGGACAUUUUGCCUUAGCUGUGAAAAUGUACCAAAAUUGCUUACAAAAGUUCUACUACAACACAGACACGGAGGUCUUUCUAUAUUUAUCCUUCACUCAUUAUUAGGCAGAACAGUGGAAUGAAUGUAAAAGAACUUUGCAAAGAGGUAUUCAUUUGGCGCCCUCAGAUUAUACGCUUCGGUUUGAUUUGAGGGUUGGCUUGCAGAAGUUUUCUGCACCAACACUACAAAAGAAGAAGAGAACUGCAGAUGAGGUUAUAUGCUUCUAUUCUUUAAACAUUAAUUUCAUUAUCAU